AUGGCGAAGAGCUUGUGUAUUGUUACUCUUUUGAUGAUCUGUCUACUGAUCUCCACAGGGAUACCGAAAGGAAAAGCUCAAUGCCCAGGAGAAACAAUCAGAAUACUAAUCAGAGGGACCUGCGCACUACAGCCUUCAAGGGCUGUUUGCAACACUAAUUGCGUUCUUAUGGGAUAUAUCCGCGGCAUGUGUGAAGCUCAGGACACAAGAGACGUUUGUAAUUGUUACACUUGCCCAGCUUAAACUUACGGCUUGUGAAAAUAUGUUGUAGUAGUUGAACUUUCAUUGAUCUUUGUCACUUAAUUUGUGUUUGAAUUUGUCUAUGUGCAUGUGUGUUUUAUUUAAUGUUUUUGUUGUAUGGUUUGGAACAAUCAGUUAAAUAAAUAGCCAUUGGUUUGGCUUGUUUCAUAAUAAAACUCGACUAUUAAUUUGGU